CUUGAUUAAUGGGAAACAAAACAUGUGAGUUCACAUUAUAUGUUUUAGUACAUGGAAAAACUCCAGAAUACAUAGGUGUUUGAUUGAAGCGGAAAGAGGCCCCACCAACCAGUAGGUGGCACAUGGGGUUGCCUAUUUCCUCAAGAGCUUAAAUAGAUCACUUCCAAAUGCAUUUUCAUCAUCAAACACAACAAACAUAUCCAGUCCAGCCAAGAUCCAAGGUUCUCUUUCAUUCAAAAUCUCUCUAUUUCUUAACUUAAACACGAUGGUCAGUUCCAAGAAGCUCAUGAAUUUGGCAAAAAGAUGGCAGAAGUUUGCUGCCAUCAGAAGAAAAAGGAUUCCACUUCCAAUUCUAAAUGAGAAAGCAGAUAGCUGUAGUAGUUCCGCAGCAGUGGACAAGGGCCACUUUGCCCUCUACACAGCUGAUCACGAGCGCUUUGUUGUCCCUCUAUCUUAUCUUGAGAAUGAGAUUAUUAGGCAACUCUUGAACUUGUCUGAAGAAGAAUUUGGACUUCCAAGUGAUGGGCCUAUUACACUACCAUGUGAUGCAGUUUUCCUGAACUACAUCAUUUCGCUUCUUAGCAGAGGUUUAUCCAGAGAACUCCAGGAUGCAUUGCUCUUCUCAAUCACUCCGAAUCAGUGCUCAUCAGCUUCACUGCAUCAAGAAAAAUGGAAAAAACAGGAAAUGCUAGUUUGCUGAUUUUUUGUAGUUUACUGUCAACAAAUUUUGUAGCCUAUAUUAACUCUACUGAAAUGUAAAGAGAGCCAACGACUUGAAAUUUUAAUAUACACACAGCAAAAUUUGUGAAAAUUAAAGUAUGUUCAUAGCU